AUGGCGACAUUCCCACGUCUACCAAAAGAAGUCAUUGUCGAGGUUCUAUCUUACCUGUCCUAUGACACUCUUGAGAGUCUCGCAUGGACCUUAAAACAUCCCAUCACUGAGAUCUCAAUUUCUCUGCUCCAGCCAAUCUUCAAAUCCAGGCGUGACACUAAACGCCUGAUUGAGAGGCUUGGCCCCCUUCAAACUCAGUCAUUUAACGCCCUGCGUCAAGAUUUCAUUGAAGGUCCAGAGUUUCUUGAGUGCCUCGGCCUCUCGCCCCAAACCGUCGUCAAGCUCCCUCCUGACAGUCAGCUUCCCAACCUUGACUAUCUGCAUCUUUGCGGUGACUUCAAGUGGCUCGAACCCCUCACGGGAAUUCUUGCAGAAAUAACGGAAUCGAAAUAUGCCGGGCCGGCUGUGCGUGAUUCAAGUUAUGAUGACUUGAUAUCAAGUGCAGAUCGCAUAGGCGUCACCCUGCCUCCAGCAUUCCUCAAGUUUAUCCAGGAUGAAAAACUCCAGAGACGAAUGCCUUCGGCCGGCGACUACUUUUGUUUAGAACUGGGUGGUCUACGAAAGGUUCCGAAAUCUUUGGAUGGGGGCGUCGGGGGAUACAAAAUUAUAUUUCUAUCCGAACACGAAGGGGCGUACCUGUUCUCUCUAUACAUUGAGCCUGGGAAGAAGGGUGCUAGCUGCGUGUUACAGGAGUUUAGACCGGGCCAUUGGGGGUAUGAAUGUCAUCAUCAACACGAACGCGGGGAUGGGGGAAAUCCAGAUUGUCCCAACAUUACGGACCAGGACAGGCAAGAUGCCAAGGAGAUGGGUGUGGACAUUGUCAACAAUCCAUGUGCCGAUUUCUCUUUGGUUGGGGUCGAUUUCGAAACUUGGUUGGCUACAAGGUAUUAUCGCGAAUCGUUAUGGCACUCUGUAUCGUCCACUGCAGGGGAUGUGCCAGGGCUGAAAGAAUAUGUGAAGCGAGAGCUUAUACAAUAG